UAUAGACCAAGCCAUCCGGUGACAGGCUACCUUGAAAGUUCUUUUGGUGAAUCUCCUUCACCUUCCAUCUUUAUUUUUCUAUUAGCUUUUUCUUUUUUCUUUAGAGGGGUUAACAUCAUUUUAUAAAGAACACAUUAGUUUGUAACUCUCAUAUUCAUGGUCUAUAGGAGUUGAGAUCCAAAUGUAACUCCUGCCUUAAUUCCCUUAAGUUUAGCUAAUUAGGAUUAACAAAUUGUCGCAAAACUGUUAAUCAUAUGUAAUGAGCUAAACAUAUCAUUAGUUCACUAAUGACUCAUGUAAUAGGAUGUCAUCUAAGCAUUCCCACAAUUUACAAGGAAACCAAAUACACUACUAGAUUUUUCCUCCAGUGGUACUGAGUUUUUUCCUCCAGAGAUACAUCCUCUUAAAGCUAAAAAAUGGAUCUAUGUAUAUGACAUUGCCUCAUGUUAACCACAUGUGAUUUCACAUAUACUUCAAUAUGGCGUUUGUAUCAUUAUUGGAAAAAUGAGUUUCUGAAAGAAAAAGGUCCCGAUAGGCUACAUUUCCAACAAAAUGUAUGUUGAGAGCUCAAAAGUGUGUUGGAAUUGAUAGGCUCAAAAGUAUGCUGGAAUUCACUCUCUCGUAUGAGAAAAGGACCCAAUUAUAGUGCAAAGUGUAUCAUUAAACGCCCUUGAUGUGAACGUGUGCGUCACAUGCGUCCCGUGCUCCACACAUGUACCGUGUCUCUCACCUUUAUAUUAAGAGUAUAAGAUAUGUGAAUACCUACUCUUAAAUACCGCUUGAUUAACACUCUCCUCUUCAAUGUAGCAAUUAAACCCACAACUUUCUCUCUUUAUAAAAACAUAUUAGGAAAAGAACCAUAAAAUCAUUACUAUUUUGAAAUACAUACAAGUAUAUUUAAAAUAAAAAAUACUAACAAAGUAGACUUAGGUGGGCUAGCUGAGUAUAGCGUAGAGCUAAUACAACACCGGUUAGGAGGUUUGAAUUGGUUCAAGUCAAAGGCUACCCAAAAAGACAUGGUUGGAGAUUUUGAAAAAAGAUAUGAUGACUUUUGGUUUUACUGAAGGUAUGACCUUGAUAGAGAAGAAUAACAGAACAUAAUUCAUAUAGCCGAUCCUAAAUACUUAGAAUAUGACUUGGACAAGGGCCCGCCCCAUUUUAACCCUUAGUUGGAGGCAAUAUCAAGGGCAUAUAGAUCAUGUGAAUAAAAUGUCACAAAUAUGUACCGUAGUACGUCCCAGUUUGAGGGUUGGUAACAAGUCAGUCUUAACAUGAACUGUUAACCGCCUCAAACAACGUUAGCUUUACCCCAAAGGGAUGAUCCCAUCAACUUAGCUUUAAGAUAAACAGUCAUCUCUCUCUAUCUCUUUCUCUCUCUACACUUAUAAUCUCUCUCUCUACAGUUAUAAGUACAGGACAGCAUUGAAGCAUUGGUUCUUGCAGAUUUAAAGAUGAAUUUUGGCAUGUUGGAGGAGGCAAAGAGGCACCCAACCCCUUGUAAACUACUCCACUUUCGCUUGAAGCAUGGUUUCACACAUUGCCAUUCUUUUCCCUCCGGAAAACGUUCCCCCCAAGAUCUCAAUGCCGAGGAAAUGCUCCCUAGCGACAUGGAUGAGGAAGAUGCAGAAACAAAUCGUAUUGUUUUUGCAGUUAGAAGACUCGCAUUGGAAGCAAGGCACCGGCACAAAGAUAGCUCUCUCUGUGAAGGCCUCCAAUGGGUAAUCUCGCCUGUCACCGGAGAGUUAACCAUCGCUCCUGUGGAAGAAGAAGCGAAGCCUCUACUCGCCUAUUUGCACAGCAAAUUUGGGUUCAACAUAUCACUACAAGUCAAAGAAAAUCAAGAGAGAGAAGGACAUGAAGAAGAAGAAGAAGAAGAAGAAGAAGAAGAAGUGUGGUUCUCAGUGAGGAGUGAUUUCUCGUGUUGUUCGAGCCCGGUAGAGAGAAAAGAAAUUUUUCUAGAUUGUGCAUGGAGGUCUCUGUUGGAGAAGUUGAGUUUCUGUGAGGGGUGGCCUUUUGGUCUGUAUCGUAGGAAGAUGAUGCUUCCUCCUUUGCCUAGAUGCCCCUCAGAACCAUGGAUGUGGCACAAGGCCAUGUCUAAUACUUGUUAGCCCUAUGAUGUCAAUGUUCUUGCUCAAUGUGUGUUGUAUUGGCAUUUAUGCAGAAAGAUAUAUAAUAAUAGAUUAAUAAUAAUAAUUGUCUUUGUUGACGUGA